AUGUCUCCAAAAGAAUUAUUCACAAAGUACUUGAAGUUUCAACGGAAAAAGAAACAAGAAGAAACCGAUCAGUCCAAAUCAGCACCAGCACCUGUCAAAUCCACCCCAGCACGCAUACCAGAUGUUGUGGAACAACUUCAAAAGAGGCCCGUAAACAGGCCCAGAUCUACCAGUCCUCGGUAUACAUCUACGAGCCCCCAAGCUGCCAAUGAUGGAGGGAGCUACCUCGUGGGGAACAUCUAUGGAGGGGUCUCAAAUACUGGGGCUCAUCAUGGCGGUGGUCAUAAGGAUGGAGGCCAGUGGGGAUGGACAGGUGUAGAAGAUGGAGCAGGCGGUUCUCAUCAUGAUAGCGGAGGAGGUAGUGGAGGAGGUAGCGGAGGAGACAGUAGUGGUAGUGGCGGAGGGGGAGGAGGAGGAGAUGGCGGCGGCGGCGGUGGUGGUGGUGGUUGCUAA